GGAAGCCAGAAUCACCUUGGGUCAGGGCGCCAAGAUGGCGUCCUCCGCCUCCGCUCGCACUCCGGCGGGGAAGCGAGUGGUGAAUCAGGACGAACUGCGGCGCUUGAUGAAGGAGAAGCAGCGUCUGAGCACCAACCGGAAACGGAUAGAAUCUCCAUUUGCGAAGUACAACCGUUUGGGGCAGCUGAGCUGUGCCCUGUGCAACACCCCGGUGAAGAGCGAGCUCCUGUGGCAGACUCACGUCCUGGGAAAGCAGCACCGGGAGAAAGUGGCCGAGCUGAAAGGCGCGAAGGAAGCCACCCAGGGUCCGUCCGCCAGCUCAGUGCCUCAGUCAGCCAAGAGGAAGGCGUCGGAGGCGGACGGUCAAGAUGCCAAAAGACCCAAGGCCUCCCCGCUUCCCCAGGUACAGCCCUCCACAUCCGCUUUGUCCACCAACUUUGACAAAGCAGGGAAGGAGUCCACUAGAGCGACCCUCAUUAAGGUUUCAGGACUCGGUUUACUCCCUGAUUAUGAAGAUGAGGAAGAAGAGGAGGAGGAGGAGGAGGGAGGAGAAGGGAAAAGGGGAGACGCCGGCAAGCAGCCGCCCGAUGCACAGGGCAAGGAACACUCGCUUUCCUCCUCGAGGGAGGCAACAAGUAGUAUGCUGCCAAGCGGCUUCUCGGAUACAAAUCCUCCCAAGGCCCCUUUAAUUCCUCAUUCAGGGUCCAUUGAGAAAGCAGAAAUACAUGAAAAAGUAGUGGAAAGGAGAGAAAACACAGCGGAAGCAUUACCGGAAGGCUUUUUUGAUGACCCUGAAAUAGACGCUAGGGUUCGAAAGGUUGAUGCCCCAAAGGAUCAGAUGGACAAAGAGUGGGACGAAUUUCAAAAGGCCAUGAGACAGGUCAAUACCAUUUCCGAAGCCAUAGUUGCUGAAGAGGAUGAGGAGGGACGGUUGGACCGGCAAAUUGGGGAGAUCGAUGAGCAGAUAGAAUGUUACCGUCGGGUGGAAAAGCUUCGGAAUCGCCAGGAUGAAAUUAAAAAUAAGCUUAAAGAGGUUCUGACUAUAAAAGAACUGCAGAAAAAGGAAGAGGAGAAUGUUGACAGCGAUGAUGAGGGAGAACUACAAGAUUUGUUGUCUCAGGAUUGGAGGGUAAAAGGGGCUUUAUUAUAGGGUUUCAAAGACCCAAGAUUUCUACACCCUCUACAGUGGUACCAAAAGUGCUGUCUCUGGAUAUGAUCUUGGUUACUUCAUGCCUAACUGGGUUGUUAAGAUACAAUGAACCUGUGAAGAUAGCACUUUGGAAAGUUGGUGUAAAAUAUUUUUGAGGUAAAGUUGUUUUUGAAAUUUUUCCAGUAUUACAUACUAUAUUGUCAACUUUUUACACAUUUACUCAAGUGUAUAAUUUUGAGUUAAGUCUGUAAGCUGUAAAUGUUGUACAUAGUUAAAUAUAUAUUUACUUAAGUAAUUCUGUUUUGAAAUUUAUAAAUUAAUAGAAGUUGGGCUAGCAGAGAAGGCUUUAGGUGAAAAUCAAGUGUAGUAUUUGGGAUGUAUUUGGUUUUUUUCUUUUCUGAUCCCCUAAAUCAACUCAAGGGUGGAGGAUGUUUUUUAUUUUAAGAACACUACUCAAACACAUAAAUCAGGGCAAAUCAGUUCUCUGAAUUUUCUGUUUCAAAAAUGUGCCAGGAGAACAUGGUGAAAACAUGCCAAACAUGACCAGCCUCCUUAACCCAAAAGUUUCUCUUGUUUAAACCAAUGAUUCUUGGGUGUAGGUGCACAGGAAGAUGACCCGCCAAGCUUUCGAAAAGGUGCAUAUGAAUCGCCUUGGAGCUUUUAAAAAAUUCAUGUGCCUGAGGCCUACUGUUAGAGACUUAAUAAACCUGGAGUGGGGCCCAGGCAUUUGAAUUAGUUUUGAAAGUUUCCCAGGUUAUUCUAAUAUACACCAAAGUUGGAGAACCAUCUGGCCCUAAAUCCAGAACACAUAUUUUUUCAGCCUGUUUUUUAAGUACUGCUUUUUAUUUUUUCUAAAGAUGUUCUUUUUCUUAAGUAAUCUCUACACCCACCAUGGGGCUUGAACCCACAACCCUGAGAUCAAGCAUUGCAUGCUCCACCAACUGAGCCACCCAGGCACCCCAAGAAAUACUACCUUUUAUUUAUAUCUCAUCUAGUCUUAAAUGUUAUUGCAUCUUGUAGAAAAUUAGGGUUUAGGGGCACCUGGGUGGCUGCAUCUGACUUUGGCUCCGAUCAUGAUUUCGCGUUUUGUGAGUUCAAGCCCAGCAUCAAGCUCUCUGCUGUCAGCACAGAGCCCACUCCAGAUGCUCUCCAGAUGCUCUGUCCUCUCUCUGCACCCCACCCCCCACUGGUUCUCGUUUUCUCUCUCUCUCUCUCUCUCUCUCUCUCU